UAUGAAAGGGAUCAUUAUGGUGCUUUGUGUGGUAUUGAUCGUUAUUUUUGGGCAAAUUUUGACCUGCAAUGCAACGAUAUGUGAGUAUUGUGGAAAGGAUUUCAAAUCGCUGGGCAGACAUCAAUGGCGUUGCAAAUCACGAACUGGUGUCGGAAACUCACCUAACACGGAGAGAGCGUCUUCUUCAACAUCUGCGGAUAAUAAUACAUGUACGGUAGGGUCGACUAAUGUCGCAGGAGAAAGUUUUAUGUGUUAUUGUGGGCGUACAUUUAAUAGUUAUCGUUCACUAAAUUUACAUCGCCGAUCAUGCUUUGUACAGAAUAACCCGUGCUUUGCUGAACUGUUUGCUCAACAAGAUGAUAGCAUUACUAUUGCAAAUAGUAAUGAAAGCAUGACCGAAGUUCUGUUUCCGACCGAUAAGUUUAAAGUGCUAUCAGGAGUAAAACUUCCUCGAUCGGAUCUUAGUUGGAAAGCAGCUAACGAGUUUUUUCAGUCACAAUUCAGUGUUAGACCAAAGCUGGGAGACUUGGAUUCGGAAAUUGUAUUCAUGAAUAACGUUAUCUGGUCUUACUUUAAAGAUACAUGUGGUUUGGUAAAGUCGGCUAAUAAAUUUGAACACUAUAGAAGUAUGUCAAAAUCAAAGUUAAAAAAUGCUUAAAAGAUUUAAAAUCGCACGGAGGCAGCUUGGAGGAAAUAAAAUUUGUCAGUAAGUUAUUGCGAAAAAGAAUGCGGUCAAGCGUUAAUGACCAGCGGGAUUAUGAAAAUGAAUUAAAUGAGAACUUUUGGAAGUUUUGUGAAAAUGAAUUUGAAAACACUGAAGAGCUUGAACCAAACUUGAGCGAACAGUCGUGUUUCGAUUAUUUUAAGAACUUAUUUAAGGAGAAAAGUAAAAGUCGUUUGUUUAAUUGGCCGUCCUGGUUGAGUUCAUUUCCAUCCGCAAGUAAAGAUUCGACUUAGAAUGUCCUACGUAUCGUGAGAUCUCCAAAAUAAUCAGAAAAAUGAAAAGUCGUGGCUCUGCAUGUCCUUUUGACCAAAUAAGCAUUAUUUCGUUUCAACGUUGUCCAAUUUUAAGAACGCAUUUAUGGAGAAUUAUACGUAAAUGCUGGAACGAAAAAAAUAUUCCAUCUGUCUGGAAGCACGCGGCGGCGAUAUUGAUCCAUAAAAAAGAUUCAACUGAGGAUCCUGCUAAUUUCCGUCCUAUCUGUCUAGAGCCUGUUUUGCUAAAAGUCAUCACAUCAUUGCUAAGGAAUAGAAUCUUUAAGUUUGUUUGCGAAAACGAAUUUAUUGAGUCGGGAAUCCAGAAAGGUUGUUGGCCAGGAAUUUCGGGGACUAUUGAACAUACGGAGUUAUUAUCACAUAUUAUUAACCAUGCCAUAAAUAAGCAAAGAUCUCUUGUAGUUACUUUAAUUGAUCUGAAAAAUGCCUUUGGUGAGGUACAUCAUAAACUUAUACGAACUAUCUUGAUAGCUCAUCACAUUCCUGAAGAAAUUAUAUGCUUUGUUGAGAAAUUCUACUCUGAUUUCAGUAUCUCAAUUAUUACGAAAGGGUUCAUUACGAAACCAAUUCCAGUGCAACGAGGCGUGUUACAAGGUGAUUGUUUAUCACCCUUGUUAUUUAAUCUUUGUGUAAAUUCUUUGAUUCACACAAUAAACGACGCGAAAUUAAAAUGUCUUGGCUAUGUAAAUAACGCAACGAUGUACCCUAGGCACUGGUUCCAAUUUGCGGAUGACACAGCAAUAUUAAGUGCACAUGAAGAGGACAAUCAAUUGCUUUGUAAUGUAUUUAAUAAAUGGUCAACGUGGGCGGAUUUGCAUAUUCGUGUUGAGAAAUGUCAUACUUUUGGAAUCAAGAAGCAAUCCUCAAAAGCAAUUCAAUACCAACCAGUUAUUAUUAUCUCGGGCAAGCGUGUACCGCCGAUUGAAUGCGAACAGGGGUUUAACUAUCUCGGAAAGCAAUUUAACUUUAAUAUGGAAUGCGAACAGAUCAAAGUAGAGAUACUAAGUGAAAUCGACGAAUAUCUGCAGAAAAUAGACCUUUUCCCCAUGAAUCCUUUUUCGAAAAUCAGGAUCAUUCAGAAUUAUGUUUACUCAAAGCUCCGUUGGCGAUUUUCUAUAUACCCCUUUACUGAGACCUGGAUAAAGCAAAAUAUUGAGCCAGCUAUUUCCAAGUAUAUUCGAAAAUGGUUACAGAUCUCGAUUAGUGGCAAUAUCACUCAUCUAAAACUGCCAAAAUCAUAUCUAGGGAUUGACUUUUGCUCUGCUUCAGAUAUAUAUUUACAAUGCAAACUUUCGGUUAGGCGCAUAUUGAAAACAUCUAGAAACAGUGAUAUUCAACAUCUGUAUUCUGUAACAUCUUCCAAAAAUAUUAAUACGGAUGAAAUAAUUGAGAAAGUAUCAUCAAAUGUAACAAAUGGAUACGAACUGAAAACCGGAACAAAUAAGUUAUUGAAACAGCAAAGUACAAAUGAUAUUUGGGCAAAUUUUAUUACGCUAAAGGAACAAAGUAUUAUUAUAAACUAUCUAACUGAAGCGUGCAACAAGAAAAUACUGCACUUUUGGCAAGAAAUGGUUUGCAGACUACCCCGUAAUAUAACUUGUUUUGCAAGACGGGCUCUAGUGCUUAACUUGAGCAACAAUUCUAACCUCAAGCGGUGGAACAUUCGAGAUUCUCCAAAUUGUGACCUUUGCAGCAAAAUUCAAACACAGCUUCAUGUUCUUUCAUAUUGCCCUGUAGCGUUACAACAACAUCGAUAUACGUGGAGGCAUGAUUCUAUAUUAAACACCAUUCUUCAUCACUUAAGGAGAGUGAUGUCGGAAGACCUGGAGAUUUUUGCCGAUUGUCCAGACUCUGGCUUGAAAUGUACGUCCAAUCUGUUUCAAGCGUUAAGGCCAGAUAUUACGAUUCGUUAUAAAAGAGACUUGUAUGUGAUUGAAUUGACUGUCCCAUAUGAAACGAACUGCAUGAUUGCAAGACGACGUAAACAAGAAAAAUAUCGGGUAUUGCGAUCACAGUUACUCGUACCGUGUGAUAGAUUUAAAGUUAUAACUUUGGAAGUCACUACUCUAGGCUUCGUCACGAAGAGUAUAGGCCAAUUUCGUAGGCUAUGUAGGUUGUUACAUUUGCAAGACGAUCGUAUCAUAACAAAAUGUAUGGAGGUUGCACUUCGUGCUACUUUCUACAUAUUUUGUAAGAGAAAUAAGAACUGGUCUUGCCCUGAAAAGCUCAACUUCUAUUAGCUACUAAUGUGUGACAGUGUAGAUAACGGACCUGCUUUAUCCAGAGAACUGUUGUCUUAUUUAUUAAGUGUAGUUAGGUAAAAUUUGGUCUGGACUCAUAAAUGUAUGACUAUAUGGGUCAGGCUAUGUAAUUGAUUUGUAAAGGUUUAAAAAAAAUUAUUAUUAUUAUUAUUGGUUGCUUCGGAAAAUCCCCCUGUAAACGAAAAUGGGAGACGAAAAGGCUAUAUCAAAGUUAUGCAUGACCUAUGGCAGGCACGAGGAUAUGAGCAGCUGGGGUUAGUAGUCAAAAAGUACAGUAGCUAUAGACACGACAGCCGAGAAUGCAAAUUUGUCAACUUUCACAAAUUUGCAUGAAACGGUUGGUGAUUUUAACGAUAAACAUAUAGUAAUGUGUCACAAUAUACGUGUUUGCCUAAUGAAUCAGAAGUUGCAAUUGAUGAGCGAAGAGACUAUACUGAAGAACAAUGCCUACCAGAGUAUUGUAGAUUAUGCAAACCUGUAUUGAUUGAAUGGGUAAGACUGACAAUGGAUCUCCGAUAUCAAUUCAAACGUCUUCGAUUAUAAAUGCGUAUGAUGAAAUUAUAUCAUGGAAAAAGAAUGUGCUCUUGCUCCCUUAUAGGAAACUAGGACGAGAAUUUACUGACCAAUUGACAAUGCAUAUUAAUCAAUGGAAUAAUAAAUCAGACAACCAACAUAUUGCGCUGAAAGCCUUUUUUGUAUUGCUUGCUGUCCGGCUGCAAAAGCCGCGACCAAAGUCUAAAGCAAAAGACCACAAAGAAUGCUUAAAGAAACGUUUGGCGUCAUGGAAAAGUGGAGAAAUCGAUAAACUGUUGCACGAAGGAAGAGUGAUUCAAAGUCGUAUUGGAAAAGGAAGGAAAUCUGAACCACAAAACAAAGUAAAAAUAUUUGCAAAACUUGUUAACGAAGGUCAGAUAAACUCAGCAAUGCGCUUUCUGAACUAUGAUAGUUCGGGAGGGAUCCUAUCGCUAACAGAUGAUGUAAUGCAACAGUUACGAGAGAAACACCCAGAAGCUCAACCAGCAAAAUCGAGAGUGCUACUUCGCGGACCAGUUCAAGACAUACCAGAGAGUAUAUAUCUCACAAUAAAUGGAGAAAUGAUACGAGAAGCAGCUCUGAGGACAAAAGGAUCAGGGGGGCCAUCUGGUGUUGAUGCAAAUGGUUUAAAAGAAUUGGCACGGAACCUUUGUACGGAAUAUGUUGACCCAUCGUCAAUAGAAGCUUUAGUUGCAAGUCGCCUUAUCGCCUUAGAUAAAGGUGGAGGUGGAGUUCGACCCAUUGGAGUUGGAGAAGUGGUACGAAGAGUAACGAGCAAAAGCGUAAUGAAGGUUGUCAAACCCGAUGUGAUGAGUGCAAGUGGUUCACUUCAGUUAUGUGCUGGUCAACCUUCCGGAAGUGAAACUGCAAUUCACGCCAUGCGCAACAUUUUCGACGAAGGUGACACUGAAGCGAUCCUACUCAUUGAUGCGUCCAAUGCAUUUAAAUUCCCUAAAUAGAGCAGCCGCUCUCUCAACAACAUAAGGAUCCUAUGCCCGAUGGUUGCGACCUAUGCGAUAAACACGUAUAGACUGCCAACGAGAUUGUUUGUCCUUGGUGGUCAGGAAAUGAAAUCAUCGGAAGGCACAGCGCAAGGCGAUCCAUUGUCUAUGGCUCUAUACGCGAUCAGUCUGCAACCACUUAUUACACGCUUACACAUCACGUCUUCUACAAAGCAAUGCUGGUUUGCUGACGACGCUAGUGGAGCAGGGAUCGCAAUACAGCUGAAGAAAUGGUGGGAUACAUUGAUAGAAGAUGGUCUUGAAUACGGUUACCACCCCAAAGAUGGCAAGUGUUGGUUGAUCACAAAACCGGAGAAAGAAGAGAUUAUAAGAGAAAUAUUUAAAGAAACAGAGAUAAAUAUCACGACAGAAGGAAAAAGGCAUUUAGGAGCAGUUGUUGGUUCAAGGUCAUACCUAAACGAAUAUGUCAAAGAAAAGGUGGAAGAAUGGGUGAAAGAGAUAAUCAAUUUGGCUGAUUUUGCAACAACACAGCCUCAAGCAAGCUAUGCAGUUUACACUAUUGGGCCGAAACAUCGAUGGACGUACUUCCUUCGAACAUUACCUGAUAUUCAAGAUCUGUUGCAACCAUUAGAAGAAGCGAUUACAAAAUUCCUCCAGCCAGCUUUGUUUGAUCACAAAUGUUCCCCACUAGAGCGGGAAAUUCUAGCCUUACCUGUUAAAAAAGGUGGUAUUGUGGUCCCAAAUCCAUGCAUUGAAGCAACAUUGGAAUAUUCGGUAUCAAGAAAGGUAACAACACUAUUGGUGGAACAAAUUCAAGAGCAAAUACACGAACUUCCUGAUGAUUCAGGAGUACAUGAGAGGAAGGAAAUGGCACAAAAAGAGAAGAACGAUACUAUAAAUGUAAUGGCUAGGUCCGUCAUUGACUCGGCACCACCGAAGAUGAAACGAAUGAUAGAGCUUGCCUCAGAGAAAGGAGCCUCCUCCUGGUUAACAGUCGUCCCUGUAUCCGAGAUGGACCUUCAUUUAACAAGCGGGAGUUUAAAGAUGCAUCGAAUUUGAGAUAUGAUUGGCCGUUCAAGAAUAAUCCAACAAGAUGUGCAUGUGGAGAUCUUUUCAAUAUCGACCAUGCUAUGAUAUGUAAGAAAGGAGGUUUUAUCAUUCAACGCCAUAACGAAUUACGAGAUUUGGAAGCUGAGCUGUUGAAUAUUGUCUGUAACGAUGUCCAAAUUGAACCAGCUCUGCAAGAAGUAGAUGGUGAAGUGCUAAACUCAGGGUCAAACAAAUCACAAGAUGCCAGAUUGGAUUUUCAUGCACAUGGCUUUUGGGAAAGACAAAGAUCUGCAUUCUUCGAUGUCCGGGUAUGCCACCCAAAUGCGGAAUCUUAUAAAGAGUUUACCCCAAAGCAGAUUUAUCGUAUGCAUGAAAAUGAGAAGAAACGAAUGUAUAACCAAGGAGCUACUGAUAUACAACUGGUGGUAUGGGUGAAGAAUGCAAGAAAUAUCACAGUCGAAUAGCAGAAUUAAUUGCCAUAAAAAAGUGAGAAAAGUAUUGAAAAACAACGGCUUGGAUAAGAGCAAAGAUAUCAUUUUCGAUCAUUAGAUCUGCUCUCCUAUGCCUUCGAGGAUCGAGAAUAACGAGAAAGAAACAAUGUGAUGUUAAAGAUACAGACAUAGAUAUUGAGACAGAAAUUGCCAGAAUAUACUAAUAGUUAAAUAUUUUAUUUAAAGGAUUGUUUGGUUUUAAAAAAACAAACUUAGAACAAAAUGACAAUUUUUUUAAUAUUAUCAGUAUAGACCAAAACAUAUAUUUCUUUUAUAUAAUAAAUUUUAAUCUUAACUUUGUACAAUUUUAUCGAGCUUCUAAACAAUUAAAUUAUUAUUAUUAUUAUUAUUAUUAUUAUUAUUAUUAUUAUUAUUAUUAUUAUUAUUAUUAUUAUUAUUAUUAUUAUUAUUAUUAUUAUCAUUAUUAUUAUUAUAGUUUAGUAUAAUUGUGAUUCAAAUAGCCAACCGUAAGUUACCUUUAUGAGAGAGAUUUACGAUUGUAUAUGUAUGUAAAGAAAAACAUUUAAUAAAGUUUCCAUUAUUACUAUUACUAUUUCUAUUACUAAUACUAUUAUUAUUAUUAUUAUUAUUAUUAUUAUUAUUAUUAUUAUUACCCAGCGAACUUUCGACCCAUUACUCUCGAAUCUGUCCCACUCAAAGUUUUCACAUCAUGUCUUCGCAACAGGACAUUUCAGUUUCUUGCAGAAAACAAUUACAUUGAACAGAACAUACAGAAAGGUUUCACUCCAAAACUUUCAGGAACACUAGAACACACAGCACAGUUGGCACAUAUCAUUAAUAAAGCGCGAGUAAAACAACGAUCACUUAUCAUAACACUAUUAGAUCUCAAAAAUGCAUUCGGCGAAGUCCACCAUAACCUUAUUUAUGAAGUCCUUCAAUAUCACCACAUUCCCGAUCACAUAAAGAAUCUUGUCAGUAGCCUUUAUACUGAUUUCCAAACUUCCAUAAUAACUGAACAGUUCAAUACUUCCUUCAUUACAGUCGGUCGUGGCGUCCUUCAAGGCGAUUGUCUCAGUCCUCUUUUAUUCAACAUGUCUUUCAAUACCUUUAUCCAACAUAUUAAAUCGGAAAAAUACCGUCAACUUGGAUUUUGGAAAUCCAGUGAAAACGGUACCCCAUUAAAUCCUCUUCAUUGGUUCCAGUUUGCCGACGACGCGGCUGUUGUUAGCGGCCAAGAAAAAGAAAACCAAAUGCUCCUCAAUCGCUUUACAAUCUGGUGUCAGUGGGCUCAAAUGAUAAUACGUGUAGACAAAUGUUCAACAUUUGGCAUUAGGAAACAAGUAACCAAAUCCAUUCAAUAUCUCCCAAAACUAUUUAUAAAUAACUGUCUUGUACCACGUGUUGAACUUGGUAAAUCGUUUCGCUACUUAGGUCGCUAUUUUGAUUUCAACAUGUCCGACGAAGAUCAUAAAUCUGAAGUAUAUGACACACUCACUAAUAUCCUGAAUGAAAUUGAUGAUCUACCAUUACAUCCGAAAAACAAAAUUCUCUUAUACAGUCGUUAUGUGCUUUCCAAAAUCUCUUGGCACUUCACUGUUUCUGACAUAGGCAAAACCUGGGUUAACGAUAAACUAGAUAGUAACGCGUCCACGUAUAUCCGAAAAUGGCUUGAACUUCCUAUUUCUGCAACCCUUAGUAACGUCCUACUUCCCCACAAUAAAUUUGGAUUAAAUAUCAUUCUACCUUCAAACAAAUUCCUUCAAUGCCAAACUGUUUCUCGGAAAGCCCUAAAGUCGUCGCCAAAUGAAGCGAUCAAUAACCUUUGGAAGGAUACUAGCAAUCACAAAAAUGUACAAUAUGACAAAUACAAAAACACCAAGGACGUAUUAAACACCAUCAAGAAACAACAUGAAGACAAGCUUCAACACCACCUCAUUUCACAAGGCUCAUUUUUCUCCAAUAUCAUUAAACAUUCUACACUCUCAUUCAACUCUAUAUGGUCCUCCGUUCAGAGUAAACUUCCGAAGAAUAUAUUUAACUUCACUAUCCGGUAUAUAAAUAACACUCUUCCGACUCGCAAAAACCUUCUGAAAUGGGGAAUAUCACCAACAUCCGAAUGUUCGUUUUGUUUGAAUCCAGAAUCACUUCUUCACGUCGUCGCUGGAUGCAAGACCUACCUAAAUGAAGGACGUUUCACGUGGCGUCAUGAUUCGGUGCUUAACUUCAUAGCAUCCAUACUUAAAUCUGUGAACCAUUGCAACCUUUAUGCCGACCUUCCUGGCUAUAUCAGUCCAUCUGUUAUCACCGGAGAUGAAUUGCGCCCUGAUCUUUUAAUAACACUUGAAAACAAAUGUAUUUAUAUACUUGAACUUACCGUCGGAUUUGAAUCUAAUCUCCUCACUAAUGCAACUCGAAAAAGACAAAAAUAUCAAGAUCUAAUUAACGAACAGCUCAAAAAUUAUAAAAAAGUGAAAUUUGUAAAUUUAUCGAUUAGCUCAUUAGGAGUUUUCAGCCACCCGUCGCUAGAUUUCACCGAAAUGCUGAAGGAUCUAAAGUUUGAUGAACAAUGUAGAAAGUACUAUGUUCGGAAAAUUAUUAACAUAUGUAUCAGGUCCUCGUAUUAUAUAUUCUGUAAGCGUAACAAAGAAUGGGAUAACCCACAACUAAUGUCAUACUAA